UGUCGUGCCGCCUGUUGCUCGCCUCCUCCUUGUCCUUUCUUCUUGCUCCUUUGCGCGGGCUCUCUCUCUCUCUCGCCCCCUCUAUCCGUGGUCUUCUUUCACGGCCUCUCUUUUCACGGGCCUUGUCUCCUUCUCUUCCCAGGACUCGGGCUGUCCUUUGCCCCGUGCUUCGGCCAUGCGUGGUGGCCAUCGGUCCGGUGGCGGCGGCAGCAUGAGCAGCGGCUCGCGGGCCACGUCAAGCUCAUCAAGCUCCUCGACCUAUCGGCGGCAUCCGGCAUCCGGCAGCAGUAGCAGCGGCGGCUCGGGCCAAGGUGACCGCGAUUGCUGCGCCGACUGCUGCGAAGCCGUCUGGUAUUGCAGGCUGAGUGGAAGACCGGACCUUCCCAAGUUUGUCCGCGUGCACAGGGUGAUUUGCAUGUCGGCCUGCUGGUGGGGCCUGGUCUUUUCGUUUGUGGGCAUGAUGGUCUGCUUGACGUCCCUUCCGCUGUACCAAACCCGGACGCAUUACCUCCCGCCGGCCGGGACCUUUUGCCAUGACAUCGAUGGGUUCUACUUCGAGGGGGUGUCUCUCGAGUCGAGGGCGGCGCUCGAGGCGUACUUCAUGCCGCAGGAGGCCAGUCCCCCGGAGCGCGUCAGCCGGCUGACGGGUGACGUGGUCACCUCGAUGAGUAGCCCGGUGCAGAAUGGCUACCACGCGAUGGACAUCUACCUGCCGGCCGGGGCCGGGCUGACGUCGAUCCUGGUGGGGGAGGCAUCCUGUCCGCUGUACUACCUCGUCAUUCGGGGGGCGUACAAUUUCGAAAGCUGGCAAGAUGGCCAGUCGGUGCCCUUCGAAUUCUACGAGAUCUUUCGGUCAGGCAGCCCGCUGGUCCAUUCCCUGCAAGUGAGCAAGUCAAGUCACUACUUUUUCGUGGUCUACAACAGCACUCCCGAGCCAUGCCACCGGAUGCCGGUCUUCAUGCAGCUGGCGUCCGAUAUGCCGGCAUACCGCCUGCGGCCGGACGCCCGUGUGCCCAUGGGCCAGGAGCUAGCGGUGCCGCGUGGGCAGCCCGGCACGACAUCGGUCAUCAUUCACACGUCCAAUGCGCCGGUGUAUCACGAGUUGCAGAUGCUCUAUUCCCGCCGGCCCGGGGCCCUGGACAUGGUGCUGGGGCUGAGCAUCGGGUUGCCCUAUGGGCUGGCCCUGGUCGGGGUGUUCACCAGCUGGGUGUUCUAUCGGAGGAGGCUGUCCCGGAAUGCGAGAGUGGCGGACAGCACCAGCGCCAGCGCCAGCGCCAGCGGCGGCGGCGGCGGCGGCAAUGGCAUCCCGAGCAGAAGCCACAGCCAAGAGGCCCGGUCGCCGGGGCUGGGCGCCGCGGACUCGGGGUCGGCGCCGGCGCCCGGGCAGAGGUCGAAGGUAGUGCACUUUGCCGAGACCCACGAGGUGCUUGGACCAUCCGCGAGCAGGCGGGGCUCCGUGGCGUCGACCGGGAGUGCGACUUUGGAGUGUGCGCACGGGGGCGAGCACCCGCUGCUGGCCGGGGCGCCGGUGGAGGAUUGGACGGCGGACCCGGCAUCCGGCCCGCUGGCAAAUGUCUCGCCCCUCGCCAGUGCGUCGGGCUAUUGGGCCAUCGAGAAUGUGCCGAUGGGGGACAUGGUGUCGGAGCUGCCGCCGCCAUAUUCGGCUAUGCCGCCGCCGCCGCCGCCGCCGGUGUCUUCCUCGGCCGAGGGGUGGUCCAAAUAUUGACUUGCGUUGUUACUUCCUCCGGGUGAGGGGUGGGGCCGCUCGCUCGGGUGCUUGUGGGGUGUGGGGGCGAUAUUGCAGUGGAUGCGGGGCAUGGGGCCGUGUGAUGCGGGCAUUCUCCGGCAAGGUGCCCAUCGGGCGCGCAGGCGGAGGGGCCGAAGAGUGGGGCAUCAAACGUGCGCCUCUCAUCGGCGUCUCCCGA